AUGAAUGUAAAGAAUUUCAACCAUUAUCAAAUUUUAGAAAACAUACUAUUUUUCAUUGUAAAAUGUUCUUGUACACUUUAUACUGAGAAAAUUUCAAAUGGAGCACGUGAUAGAACAAAAAAACAUUUAGAACAAGGUAGAAAAGGUACUUUUAAUUUAAAUAGACAAGCUUUAGAUAAGUUAUGUGAAAAUUAUGAAAAUAGAUACGCAAUUACCAGUGUCAAAUUCGUAAAAAGAUCUGAUGAGCCAAACUCACUCUCUCCAAAAAAGGAUAGAUAA